AUGAAGGCAUUCAGAAUAAAAUCUGUGCCCAAUUUUUGUUUGCUCAUACUCACAUUUUGCUACCUGCUCCAAAGUAGCAUCCAGGAAGACCUUAUCGACGAUCAGCGAAAUGAUUUGCCGGUUGAAACCAUCACUGUUGAAGAUGAUGUUUACGUUUUAGAUCAGUCCAAUUAUGACAGCUUCAUUGCGACUCAUCGAGUGGCUCUUGUUGCCUUUCUCGCAAGCUGGUGCGGCCACUGUACAGCUUUAAAGCCAGAGUAUGCUGCAGCUGCAAAAAUACUUAGCGAAGAUAAUAUCGCACUGGCAAAGAUUGACGGACCAAAAUAUUCUGAUCUCGCCAAAUCUCAUGACAUUCAAGGAUACCCUACAAUGUUUGUCUACCUCAACGGCACCAAAAUUGAAUAUGACGGUCCGCGAACUGCUCAAGGAAUCGUCGAUUACAUGCGCUCAGUAGCUGAUCCAAACUACAAACCACCUGAAGAUUCGGUUUUGACAUUAACCGAAUCGACUUUUGAUUCGGUGUUGGCCAAAGAAUCGCUCAUUUUAGUGGCAUUUGUUGCACCAUGGUGUGGGCAUUGCAAAAGAUUGAAGCCCGAAUUCGAGCGUGCGUCAAAGCGAUUGUUGCAACUUCCGGUUCCGAUCAAACUAGCCAAAGUUGAUGCAACUGCCGAAAAGGAACUUGCAACCAGAUUUGAAGUAAAAGGCUACCCAACAAUUUUCCUUUUUCGAAAUGGUGGGGCAAAACAGCAAUCAUACAAAGGACCUCGAGAUGAAAACGGCAUCGUCGAGUACAUGAAAUCGAUGCAGAAAUCUCCCAGCAAACUAAUCCAGUCUCGGGAGCAGCUGCGAAAACAAAUUCAAAACGACGUGCCAACUGUGGUAGGAUUUUUUAAUCCUUCACAAGAUUCUUCGCUUUUUGAUCUUUUUAUAGACGUCGCAUACGAUCAGUUUGAUGCGGCUAAUCAUUUUGUGCACUUAGAAGACGAAAAAUUAGUUUUCGAACUGAAGCAAAAACUAAAUUCAGUCAUCCUUUUCGUACCCCAGUGGUUUAAAAGUAAAUACGAGCCGAAUCAGUAUAAACUCCAGCUGGAUGAUUCGAGUAGUUCUGAACAAAUAAUGCAGCUCAUAAGAAACCACAGUGCUCCAUUGGUUGGUUAUCGAAAUGGAGCCACAUAUUCUCUGUACGCUGGAAAGUACCCACUGGUUGUCGUUUACUAUGAUGUAGAUUUCAGUUUUGAUCAUCGAAAGCAAACUUUGCUGAUUCUCGAACAAGUUCAAAAAGCGGCAAACAACUUCAAGGAACAAGGCGUGCAUUUUGUAAUUUCAAAUGAGAAAGACAGUGAACAAGAGCUUAAAGAUCUUAAACUAGAAGACAGUGGGGAGGACGUCAAUGUGGCCUAUUUUGCCAGUCAGAAGAGGCGUUAUGCGAUGGAACCAACAGACGAGUUUAAUGCGGAAAUUCUUACUGAGUUUGUGCAACAGGUGCGCAGCGGUGAUCUAUUGCCAGUAAUCAAAUCUGAGGUGAACCCAGCAAAAAAUCCUGUUAAAAACUUAUGGACAGUUGUAGGUGAUACUUUUGAUCAGAUUGUGGUACAGCAAAAGAAGGAUACUUUAUUAGCGUUUGUAGCCCCUUGGUGCGGACAUUGCAAAGCAUUUUUACCCGUUUUGACAGAGCUGGCAGAAUCGCUCACAGAUGAAUCAGCUAAAAUUCAGAUUGCUAAAAUUGACGGCACGGCAAAUGAUUAUCCCGAACAAUUUGAGGUAACAGGCUUUCCCACAUUGUACUACGUCUAUGCUUCAAAUCCGUUUACACCGACUGCCUAUGAUGGCGACAGAUCACUUGAAGAUCUGAAAAAGUUUGUUCAUGACAAUUUACAAAAGUCAUCACUUGCCAAAGACGAACUGUAA